AUGGGGAAGGAAAACCAGUCCACCACCUCAGACUUCACCCUCAUGGGACUCUUCGGCCACACGGGGCCGCACCUGGUCCUGUUUGCCCUGGUGACCACCACGUUUGCCACAGGGCUGCUGGCCAACACCGUGCUGCUGGUGCUGACCUGGGUGGACCCCCGGCUGCGCACGCCCAUGUACUUCCUGCUGGGCCACCUCGCCCUGCUGGACCUCGGCUUCCCGCUGGUCACCAUCCCCAAGAUGCUGGCUGACUUCCUGCGGGGGGACAGCACCAUCUCCUUCGCGGGCUGCGCGGCCCAGAUGUUCCUGCUCAUGCUGCUGGGCGUCUCCGAGGGCGUCCUGCUGGCCCUCAUGUCCUACGACCGCUACGUGGCUGUGUGCCAUCCGCUGCACUACCCGGUGCUCAUGCGGCGCCCUGUGUGCCUGCGCAUAGUGGUUGCAUCCUGGCUCUCAGGCGCGCUGGUGGCUUCGGUGCAGACCUCCGUCAUCCUGCGCUUCCCGUUCUGCGCCUCGCGUGCCCUGGCCCACUUCAUCUGCGAGCUGCCCGCCCUGCUGCGCCUGGCCUGCGCCCCCGGGGUGGCCGCCUACGAGCUGGCGCUGUCCGUCUCUGGGGUGCUGAUCCUGCUCCUGCCCCUGGCGCUCAUCGCCGCCUCCUACAGCCUGGUGCUAGGCGCCGUGCUCCGCAUGCGCACGGCCCAGGCGCGGCGCAAGGCCCUGGCCACCUGCUCCUCGCACGCCGCUGUGGUGGGGCUCUUCUACGGGGCGGCCGUGUUCAUGUACAUGGUGCCCAGCCCCUACCACCACCCGCACCAGGACCACGCAGUCGCCCUCUGCUACAGCCUGCUGACGCCCUCGCUCAACCCCCUCAUCUACAGCCUCAGGAACAGGGAGGUACGUGCAGCGCUGGCCGCGGCCACCCGCAGAACCGGCUGCAGGUUGCGGAAGUGA